UUAACAACUCUUGUAUUUGUGUGUAAUCACGAGCGUGGCUGUCAAUGAGGUUCUCUAGGUGCGCGAGUUGUGUGCACAUGGCGUCCAUUGUGUCGGAGGAUACAGGUGAUACUGUCGGUUCUGUUGAUAGUGCCUUGAUGAGAUCUUCGAUUUCUGUAAUCUUGGUCGCGUUAGCGGUGGAGAGGGCAACGUCAGACGCGAGACGUUCGACCCGGUUGGUAAGAUCCGUGAUCAUCAUCGGGUCAAUGGCGAGUGUAGGCUGUAGUUGUGCCUGGUUCUCAAGCGCUUGUAGUCUGCGCGUGAGAUGGGGUAUAUCAUCGACGUUAUGUGAGACAGGGGGACGCAUAGGGUCCGCUUCCGCUUCCGAGGCGGUGAGUGUGUCGGUUGAUGAGUGGCGUUCCGCAGCGGUGAUCUGAGAAUUGACAGUGUCUGGUGGUGCGCUUGGAAAACUGUUUGAGAUGGCAAUAGAAAGAUCGCAAACGCAAUGUUG